GCGACCGAGCCUGCCUGCGGAUCGCACGCAGCACGCCGCGGCGCCCGCCCGCCCGGCUCCGCGCCCUGCUCGCCGCAGCCUCGCCUUUCUCUCGCCCGGCCAGAUGAUGAACUUUCUGCGGCGCAGGCUCUCGGACAGCAGCUUCAUUGCCAACCUGCCUAAUGGCUACAUGACCGACCUGCAGCGGCCGGAGCCGCAGCAGCCGCCGCCGCCGCCUCCCUCAGCCUCCUCGGCCCCUGCCUCUGCCUCCCCGGCUGCCGAGCGCCGGCAGCCGCCGCAGUCGGCGCCCCCCCCAGCAGCACCGCCGCAGCCGCAGCAGUCGACAGGCAGCAGCUUCUUCAGCUCCCUCUCCAACGCCGUGAAGCAGACGGCGGCCUCAGCCGGUCUGGUGGAUCCCUCCUCCGCCGUCUCCUCCGCUGCCGGCAGAAAGUUCAAGCUGCUCCUGGUCAUUGACGAGCCGCACACGGACUGGGCCAAGGCUUUUCGUGGAAAGAAGGUCCAUGGAGAAUACGACAUAAAGGUUGAACAGGCAGAAUUUUCAGAAAUCAACUUGAUAGCCCAUGCUGAUGGCAAUUAUGCAGUAGAUAUCCAAGUAUUUCGAAAUGGCACUAAAGUUGUCAGGUCAUUCCGGCCUGAUUUUGUCCUUGUUCGACAACAUUCAUUCAGUAUGGCAGAAAAUGAAGAUUUCCGUAACUUGAUCAUUGGAAUGCAGUAUGCAGGCAUCCCUAGCGUCAACUCCCUGGAAUCAGUCUAUAACUUCUGUGACAAACCGUGGGUGUUUGCCCAGCUGGUGUCUGUCUACAAAACUUUGGGUCCAGAGAAGUUCCCUUUAAUUGAGCAAACGUUCUAUCCAAAUCACAAGGAAAUGCUAACAAUGCCAACAUUUCCUGUUGUUGUGAAGAUUGGACAUGCUCAUUCAGGCAUGGGAAAGAUCAAGGUAGACAACCACUACGAUUUUCAGGACAUAGCCAGCGUGGUAGCACUUACUCAGACCUACGCCACUACUGAACCCUUCAUAGACUCCAAAUAUGACAUCAGGAUCCAAAAGAUAGGCAGUAACUACAAAGCAUACAUGAGAACUUCCAUAUCUGGAAACUGGAAGACAAACACGGGCUCUGCAAUGUUGGAACAAAUUGCUAUGUCAGAUAAGUACAAGCUUUGGGUUGACACCUGUUCUGAAAUAUUUGGUGGUUUGGACAUCUGUGCUGUUAAAGCUGUACAUGGAAAGGAUGGAAAAGAUUAUAUUUUUGAGGUCAUGGACUGUGCAAUGCCUCUGAUUGGUGAGCAUCAGAAUGAAGACAGGCAACAUAUAACUGAUCUAGUCGUAAGCAAAAUGAACCAAAUGUUGUCCAAAACUCCUAUACCAUCUCCUCAGAGGCCCACUGCCACUCAGCAGCCUCAGAGUGGAUCACUAAAGGAGCCGGAGCCAAACAAAAUCCCACCUCAGCGACCACCACCUCAAGGGGGCCCAGUGCAACCCCAAGGAAUGCAAUCACAAAGCCAGGAGCCAUUGCAGCCACAGCGCAUGUACCCCCCUGGGCAGUCAGCAAAGCCCUCAACUUCCCAGCCACAGCGUCCACCUGGACCUACAACUCAGCAACCGCGUCCCCAGGCUCAAGGUCCUUCCAGCACCAGAUUAUCAAAGGAAGCAGAGCCACAGCCGCAGCCACAGCCACAGCCAGCUCCACAACAGAAGCCUCAGUCUCAUCCACAACUUAACAAGUCGCAGUCUUUGACAAAUGCCUUCAGUUUCACAGAAUCAUCCUUCUUCCGAUCAUCUGUGAAUGAAGAUGAAGCAAAAGCUGAAACUAUUCGAAACUUGAGGAAAUCCUUUGCUAGUCUUUUUUCUGAUUAGCCAGCUUCAUCUAAAUGCAUCUAGCAUAUAGUCUAAAAACUACGUGAAUGUUACAUAGGUUUUGUUUCCCCUGUGACAGUACCCUUCUCUACUGUGCUAACUGUUGUAUUAAGCAAUAUGUUAAAGUUACAAAAAAAAAAAAAAACCAAAAAAAAAAACCCACACAACAGGAGGACUUUGAUGAGAUACCAUUCAGGAACAUGUAUAAAAAGCUAUAAAGAAGGAAGGGUUCUAUUAGUAACACAGAAUGCCAAAUUUGAAGGUCCUUAUCCAUUGUAAUAUUGUGGCCUUACUGUGACUGAACUAUAUAAUCCUAUUUGAGACUCCUUUGUAGAAUUGUGUUAAUAAAGCAUUGCGUUAUGGGUUUCUCCUUGCUUUACCCAUUUCCAGUGCAUUGCAAUGCAUGUGUAUUUUGUGUGUAAAUGUUCUGUACUGCAAAGGUAUGGUCUUGACUUGUUCCUGCCUCCCAAAUUUAGGAGGCGAUUCACACUGACAUUCUUGUCAAGCCACAAAAAUAAUGUGAGAAAUUGAAGCAGUUUCUUCCUCCAUAUACAAUCUUUCCAUCAGCUGGCUGUAGACUUCUGAUGUAUUGCUGAGAGUCACCAGUACACUAACUUAAUGUCAUAAAUAGAGUGUAUAUGUACUACUGUAUCUCCAUAUGUCUCUUUAAAUUUAUUUCCAAACUGUAACCAUAACUGGGUUUAGUUGCAAAGAAUAUGCAUGAUGUUACCCUUAUUUUUGUGAACACCUUCUAAUAAAUGUAAAGUCCCAUGCCUGAUUUAAAAAAAAUUGUCUUCUACAAAGCUUGUUUCAACAUCAAUAUAUAUUGUCUAUUUUUGA